AUGCGUGGCAUCAGCAAGCAUUUUGGACAAGUACACGCAAACGUCGCUGUAGAUUUCACGCUCCAUCGGGGUGAGAUCCACGCGAUUGUUGGCGAAAACGGGGCAGGCAAGUCUACGUUGAUGAAAAUCCUUUAUGGUCUGUAUCAACCCGAUGCAGGCGAGAUUUUCGUCGAUGGACGCGCUGUAACUAUCUCCUCGCCACGGCGCGCGAUGCAGCUCGGUUUGGGAAUGGUGCAGCAGCACUUUACGCUUAUUCCGGUCUUCACGGCUCUCCAAAACAUCGUCCUUGCCAAAGAACCUCGCAAAUUUGGUGCGCUCCUUGAUUACCAACAGGCAGGAGAACAGAUCGCCGCACUCGCAGCGCAGCUCGGUUUCGAUGUGCCAUUGAACACGCCUAUCGAAUCCCUGCCGAUUGGAGCACAGCAACACACGGAAAUCCUGAAAGUCCUCUACCACGGUACAGACAUCCUCAUCAUGGAUGAACCGACAGCCGUUCUCGCACCGCAAGAGGUCGAAGGGCUUUUUAAUUGUAUGCGUAACCUCAAAAGUGAAGGGAAAAGCCUCAUUAUCAUCACACACAAACUCGAUGAAGUGAUGGCAAUCGCCGAUACCGUCACGGUAAUGCGACGUGGACAAGCCGUCGCCUCCUGUCCUAUCAACGACACCGAUCCGACAACGUUGGCAGAAAUGAUUCUCGGUGAACCUGUUAUCCCUACCUCUGUGACGCGGGAGCAGACGACAGGCACAACACCUCUACUCCGUUUGGAAAACGCCACGCUCUCAGGAAAUUCCGAUACCACAAGGCGGCAAAGAUGGAAAAAGGUGUUCCCCGGUGAAAUCGUCGGUAUUGCAGGCGUGGAAGGGAACGGACAAACAGAACUCGUUCAGGUCCUGACAGGGUUACGGCAGAUUGAUAGCGGCACAUUCACGUUAAACGGGGAACGGAUCGCGCACAUCCCCGCCGACAGACAUCGACACGGUAUUAGUCUGAACGACCGAAUUGACGAUAACUUCAUCAUCGGCCACCAUAAACACAGCCGAUUCUGCCGCUACGAACUGCUGCAGCGAAAAUCAAUUCAACGGUAUGCGCUGAAUGCCCUCGACAAAUACCAAAUUCGUGUUGGAGACAUCACAGAUCCGAUACGGACCCUUUCAGGUGGAAAUCAGCAAAAGGUCGUUGUCGCUCGCGAGUUAGAGGCACAACCUGAAGUUAUCAUUGCGGCACACCCAACACGAGGCUUAGACAUCCAUGCCGCGGAAUUCGUCCACACACGGCUUAUUCAUGCCCGUAACCGUGCGAAAGCCGUUUUACUCGUCUCCUCUGAAUUAGACGAACUCCUUCACCUUAGUGACAGAAUCGCAGUGAUGUACGAUGGCAAAAUCGUUGGUGUUGUGAAGCCUUCAGAAACAAACAAACAAGAGUUGGGUGCCCUGAUGCUCGGUUUAAAUUCAAAUAGGUAG